AUGUGUCGCCUCGACGUCAACGAUGACGAACGUCACUGCCUUAUUUCAGACGCUGAUGGGAGUUUAUCGGAUAUGUGGGCAUUUCGAUACUCAAAAUUGGUGACAGUGAGGAAGUGGAUAUGUUAUAUCCUAACGGUUUUUUUCCUUCGACUCGUGUUUCAAUGGUUUCCUCAGUGGCAUAUUCGGUUCAUCAUGUCUUCUUGUAAAAUCAAGGAUGCGGAUAUGUUCCUUAUCAAGGAUAGCAGCGGUGUUUUCUAUACCGUUGAUGUGAGAAGAGCCUUGCGAUCUGUUUUAGAGGUUAAUGAUUCGGGUAGCACAUACUCCAGUGCCUUGUCUGAUACAUCGCAGUUUUUCACGGCGGAAACUUCGCAGAACAAUAUCGAUGGUCCGACCCAAUCUUGGAUUUACUACAAGAAUCUAAAAUAUGUUCUGAAUAAUGAGGAUGAACAUUACUACUUGCUACCCAAUUGGGAUGAACGGCCAUCAUCGGAUAUCGUUAAUGCUCAGCCACUUGUUGAAAGCGAAGUAGCUUGUCGUAGAUCUGUAUACGAUGUGAAUGAUAUUCCCAUUCCAAGGCGAAGUGUCGGCCAAUUGCUCUUAAAAGAGGGCCUUAAUCAAUUCUAUGUCUUCCAACUGGCAAGUUGCAUCUUAUGGUUCUGUGAUUCUUACUAUUACUACGCAGCAGCUAUUCUUAUCAUUUCGGCUAUGUCGCUGUCUUGGAAUAUUUGCGACUUGAGAAGGAAUGAGAAAGCUCUUCGCGAGACUGUCACCUCGUAUGGCACCGUGAAUCUCUGCCGCGAAGUCAAUGGACAUCAAAGUAUGUUUUCUACACUCUGCCUCUUUCUAUUCGUCUCUUCACAUGUCCAACCCCUUACAAUCCUUUCAGAGUUCUUUUCCGUUAAUUCAACUGAUCUUGUGCCUGGUGAUAUCAUUGAAAUCCCUCGGGAUGGGUGUCAUAUGUUCUGUGACGCUGUUCUCCUUCAGGGCAAUUGUAUCGUCAAUGAGAGCACGCUAACUGGUGAAAGCGUUCCAGUGACCAAAAUCCCAUUUGUUGCAUCUUGGGGCGCCGGUUGCGCCUCGCCACCAUUCGAAUUGAAGGCUUCCUCCAAGAGUGUCCUCUUCUGUGGCACCUCAGUUAUCCAGUCCCGUAACUUUGCCGACCAGAAGGUCACCGCUGUGGUUGUGCGCACCGGUUUUCGCACCGCCAAGGGUGAGAUGGUCCGAGCUAUCCUCUUUCCCAAACCCAUGAAGUUUAAAUUCACUCGCGAUGUCAAUCGUUUUGUUGGAGUCCUCGCUCUUAUAUCCUUGGGGGGCUUCGCCUUUUCUGUCUACAUACUGCUGCGAAAUGGGACAGAGCCAGGUGUUGUUGUUAAAAGAGCAUUCGAUCUAAUCACAGUAGCAGUUCCACCCGCACUGCCCGUUGCAAUGACUGUGGGCAUCGCGUUCGCUCAAGGUCGCCUCAAGAAGAAGAACAUUUUCUGCAUCAAUCCGAGCGUUAUUAAUGUCUGUGGUAUCAUCGACGUUGCCUGCUUUGAUAAGACCGGUACAAUUACGGAAGAUGGUUUGGACCUGUGGGGUGUCAUCUCCAACGGAGAUGGAACGUUCGAGAAACCCGUAGCACAACCGAGUGAGCUGCCGCAGGGGCCCCUACUUGAAACUAUGGCAACUUGUCACUCCCUCACCAGAAUUGGAGGCGAACUGUCCGGUGAUCCGCUGGAUUUGAAGAUGUUCCUCUCCACCAAUUGGGUAGAUUUUCGAACACUUUCUGAAAUCCCGAUUUACUUGACCUCUUUUCAAGAACACUGCAUAAGUUCAGAAUUUACUGAGGAGAUUUCGGAGGAUUACUGCAAAUUCGAGAUGACCAUUCCAGCCAUCGUUCGACCUCGUGUAUCACCGUCUACUGAGGUCUCGAGUGCCAAUUUGGCUGAGGUUGAAACUCUGCCCUACGAGAUUGGUAUUGUGCGACAGUUCCCAUUCAGUUCAACGCUCCAACGAAUGUCCGUUAUCGCGAGGGCCCUCAACGGAAGCCACUUCUGUGUUUACACAAAGGGCUCGCCUGAGAUGAUCGAAACCCUCUGCCGGAAGGAGACGCUCCCGCGCGACUUCCACAAGGUGUUGCUAGAAUACACUCGUGAGGGUUACCGCGUGCUCGCUCUAGCCUGGCGGCCGCUUCGAGUGGCCUACACCCGAGUCAUGCGUCUCCAACGUACCAGCAUCGAACGUCAACUACAGUUCCUUGGUCUGCUAGUGAUGGAGAAUCGCCUCAAGCCGGAGAGCGCUCCCGUAAUCAAACUUCUCAAAGAAGCUCGUAUUCGGCCUGUUAUGGUUACUGGUGAUAACAUGCUCACUGCUCUCUCGGUUGCUCGCGAUUGUGAAAUGAUUGAUGAGAUGGAUCGCAUCAUUAUCGUCUCUGCAAAAUCACCGAAACGACCAUCAAAAAGCGCAAUGCUAGAGGAGGUUAGCGGAGAUUCGCACAUUUCGGGUGGGGGGUCUUCGACUCCCGAUGAUUCGGUGGAGUUGUGGAAGAAUUUGGUGCAGUUUCACUAUGCUGAGGACCUUCACAAACCCGUGACGGAGGUGACUACCGCAUCAAAAAGGCAGACGUCUGACCUUGAAAGUGAGGAGGAGUUGAAUGUCAUUCGGCGACUCUCUACAAUCGCUAGGUGGCUGCCGUGCUUAAGACGAAAACGGAUCCUCUCAUCUUCCAGUGGAGGCGUGGAGAAUGAUGUGGAGGCUUACGGGGCCGCUUCCAGCGGGGAGAAGGGAAACGAGAGGGCUCAACAAAUGCACGCUGAUCGACUGCCUGGACGCGCCAAAUUGGGGCAUCGUAUCACUCUGCGCAUGGUCGAUCGACCCGACUUUCACCUGGCACUUUCGGGCAAAACGUGGGCUAUAAUUCGCGAGCACUUUCCCUCUCUCAUUCCCAAGCUCGUGGUAAAAGGCACAGUUUUCGCUCGCUUCUCACCGGAGCAGAAGUCUCAACUAGUGGAGGCUCUGCAAUGCGUGGGCUACUCCGUCUCGAUGUGCGGUGACGGGGCGAAUGACUGCGGUGCGUUGAAAGCAGCACAUGCUGGUAUAGCACUAAGUCAGGCCGAGGCGUCCGUGGCUAGUCCCUUCACCUCUGGCCUGCAGAAUAUCAGCUGUGUGCCUCGACUCAUCCGUGAGGGUCGCUGUGCGUUGGCCACCAGCUUUGGCACCUUCAAGUUCAUGAUGGGCUACUCUAUCACCCAGUUUACCAGCGUUCUCAUACUCUACGUUGUUAACGCAGCACUCGAAGAUAUGCAAUUUCUCUACAUCGACUUGUUUGUCAUCACUUCUCUUGGCGUUACUUUCAGCUACGCCAAGGCUUACGGACGUCUCUCACCAGAACCCCCAACAAUGCGUCUCGUCUCCACAACGACCCUCCUGUCACUAGGCAGUCAGUUGCUUCUAAUUAUAGGCACUCAGUUAGCCACUUUCUUCUACAUUGGCUCUCAGCCUUGGGCGUUUGAAGAGGGCGAGAUGACAAAUACGGCAAUAUUCCUUAUCUCCUGCUAUCAGUAUAUACUACUCGCCGUAGUUUUCUCUAAAGGACCGCCAUAUCGCCAAAGAAUAUACACGAAUUACCUCUUCCUGGCCAAUGUCCUUAUCGUCCUGGGAACUAACCUCUUGAUCAACCUGUAUCAAGGAGAAGCUCUACUGAAUUUCAUGACUUUGGUGGUGUUCCCAUCCUACACGGUGCGUGUUAUGCUGAUACUAAUUGCCCUGGCAAAUUUCCUGCUCGGCUCCCUGAUUGAGAUGCUGGUGGAAGGUGUGGCCUUCCGUCGGCACAUGCGAGAGCUCAAGAAGACCCUCUUCCCGCGCUACGUAGCGCGUAAGGACUACGAGCGUAUUCGCGAGGAGAUCGAUCGAAUGGCGGGUGAUUGGCCGCCCGUUAUCCGUUCUGCGAGCAUUCAGGACAUUAGGACGGAGUUCUUUGCUGAGGAGCAGCAACAGGAGGCUGCACACUGUUUCUCCGGUGACCGAGUGCGCGACGACUCUUGUUCUUUUUGCAGUGAGGAUGAUAACCAUGAUCCAGUCCGGGUGCGCGACUCUGGUGGUGCUGCUUUCGUUGCUUCUGGUCGCAGACGCCGUCACUCUAGCUCGCAUUUCCACAAUCGAUCCCGAUCGUUGGAAGCCUCGGAGCUGCGCAGCCUGAUGAAAAACCGUGAGCACGACGGGGCUCAUCAAAUGCCUGGGGACAGUGCUUCUGAGCAGCCUUCAGGGAUGCCUGCAACUACUGAAGGAGCAGGUUCCAAGGGCACGCGUCAGAACUAUUUCUACGUCUCGCGCCACCGCACUCAAAGCAGUACCUGCGAUCAGCGCAAAGGGCCUGCUGAUGCCGAUAAGAUUCCCGUUCUCCCCCUGCAUGAUCCGGGACUUUCCUAG